CUGGACUUUGGGUCCAAGGCACAAACCGACACAUUGAAAAAACUGUUCGAGUUUUUGGAUAACAUGCGAGGCGUGUGGUGGAGAAGCAAGGAAGUAGCUUUGGUGGAAAAGCGGCACGCGGAACUGCAAACAAACAUUCUGGAAUCACUGCGAGACCAGCUAAAGCUUAAUCGUAACACAGAGGUGGUGGAGCAGGAGCAGCUCCAGUUGUCUGGCAACACUGAGCAGACUGACCGCGACGUUCACCACAGACUGCAGAAGGGAUCAGUAGCCUUUUUCGACUUCCUUUUGGAGCAUUUUUCGACAUCGAGCAAAACGCCCCGCGCGCGGGCUUUCAGAGAGUUCGGAUCCAUUUUCGCAGUUGAGUUUGUUGCGUUAGCGCAGCAAGGUCGCGGUCCGUCGAAGACUCUCCUCAACAAGGUUCGGGACACCGGAUUUGACCCGAGCCGUCAACCAAACACGUUGCGGAAUAUCAAGAAGCUUCACGGAAUGGCAAGGAAUUUUCGUGAUGCUUUUGACUCAGUAGAGGAGGAAAACAUUGGCCGGGAACGUUGGACUGAGAUUGCGGAGAAGCUCUCGGACGAAUUAGGAGGCUUAAGUAGGUGCGAAUGUGGUAGGCCGCACCGACACUCUGUAAGCCCGUCCGGAAAAGCGAUAAUAACUCCCGGAACGGCUUUGACGGCAAUUCAGUUUGAACAGACAAAGCUUGCGUGGCUAACCAAGUUUUUCGAAAUAUGCGUGGAUCAUUUUGAGAGCGUAUCCGCAUCCGGUAUACUCAGCGCGCCUCUACCAUCCCGCCUCGCGUACUUCUCCGGGGAGCAUCCAGACUUUGAGAUUGACGCC